AUGCACGUGAGCUGGGACGGUUGCGAUGCGAUCCGAAACAAAUUACGUGAGGGGGGCCCUGUCUUGGCCCCGGAGACAGGGCUUUAUUGCGAUAACAACGCUUGUGUGAAGAACUACUCCUUGCUACUACCUCUUUGCAUCGCUAUGCAGCAGCAGGACAGGAAACUUCCUUCGGUAUACGACCUCCGACAUGAAGAGACAAUCCUGCUGAGGAUGAACAAGAGAAUUGGUCCUGAAAUUCAGGAGACUGUUAGCAUGGAUAGCUUCCACAUCCGCAAGUUGAUGUCGCACAUCAAGGCCAAAGUGCGUCGCAAAGCGGGGCAACUUCCUGUGGUCACUAAGCGCGACCAGCUCGGUGUGAAGAGGAAGAGGAAGUCUAAAGGCAAAGGUGGCGGCAAAGGUGGUGGCAAGUCCGCCAAGGUGACAUGCGACGAGGCAGAAGCGGAAUCCAAGAUCCCCGAUGACGAGGCGCCGGAGGUUGAGGAGGGCAUCACAAGGACCAAGGGCAAGAAGAAGGGUAAGAAUAUGAAGAAAAAAGGUGGGAAGAAGGGCUUGAAACGUAAGCCGAGCGUCAUGGUGUCACCUUCGAAGCGCAAGCGCCGGAUGAUGAAGAUGUGGCCAGUGCCAGAAGAGAGCACUACUGGCGCCUUUGAGUAUGAGUCGGAGCGCGAGGCGGCUCCAAAGCGCAAGGCUGGGCCGAAGGCGAAGGCCAAAGCAAAGGCCAAAGCAAAGGCCACAGCAAAGGCCACAGCAAAGGCGAAAGCAAAGGCGAAGGCUACGGCUUCGCCAAAGGCGAAAAGCAAAGCCAAGGCCAAGGCCAAGGCCAAGUCCGGGCCUCGCGCGAGGCGUGCUAUGGAGCUGGACGACGAUGAGUAUGCCCGCAUCUCUGUCGAUGACGCCGUUGUGAAGUACCUUUCGAUGGACACAGUGGAGCAGCUCCAUACAGCCAUGGUCGAGUUUGCUGAGAAGUUCAGUGGCGAGGAGCAAUCCCAUUCGCUGAAGCUUCGGAUGAAAGCUGAGCUUGCGCAGUCUGAUGCUUGCAGCUUGACGCAUUACUGGACCAGGUGUUCCACUGGCGUCCUUUUGAAAGAGUCCAAGAAGGAGCUUGUGAACCUCAGUGUUGCCGGUGGGCCGAAACAUGCGGCAUGGACAGCCAAGAUGGCUAUGACAAUGAAAGCCGGUGAGCUUGUGAGCAUCGUUGUGGAUGGCUUGAUCGCCGAUAGCAUCACGAACCAAUGGAUCGUGACAAAGUCUGUCGAGGCCGAUUCAUUCAUCACGGUGAUCAAGGAGCAGCUGCUUGAAGCGCUGCGGACGCUUUCCCGGGCAGAGUAA